UACAUCUCAUCUUAUCUAUUUCCGUUAAUAAAAGAAAAAGCAAUUCAUCAUCAUCGAUUAUUGCGUUUUGGUUUGAGAAGAAACGUUGCGAAUUCAUUUCAAAUUGAAUCUUCACAAUAUCAGCAUCAUCAUAGCGACAGGAUAAUUAAAAAAAACAGGAUCAUUAUCAUUUUACGGUUGUUUUCAAUAAAUAUAUGACCAAUUGUUUACGUGUAAAAAUUAAAAUAAAAAUGACAUCGAUAUCGAGAACGAUUAUAAUAUCCGAUUCUUAUCGUUUCAAUCAGAUUAGAUUGUUUCAUCUAAAUUUUCUUUUCAUCAUAAUCAUUAUUCUUAUAUCGUCAAUAUCAUUUAGUAAUGGAUCUCAUUAUAUGAAAUAUCAUAUGAGUGAUUAUUGUGAUCAAACAAAAAUCAAUCUUAUUGAAAUGCAACCGCAUUCAAAUAUGACUGCCAUUAUAAUCAAAUUGAAACGUGAAUCAUAUAAACCGAAUAUGAAUUGUAGCAUUCAUUUGAAUGUACCAUCACCGUAUGGUUUAAUGGCAUUCAUAACUAAAUUAAAAAUGCGUCGUCUUCAAUCAAAAGCUGAUUAUAUUGAAUUCAUUACCAAUGGUCAUUCAUUAAUACGAUUUCAUGGUAUAAAUCAGGAAAUGGUACCGAAAAAAACAAUAUUAACAAGUAGUGAAACAAUGACCAUACGUUUUGUUAGUGAACCACAAUAUUAUUCAUUACCCGGUAAAGGAUUCAAAAUUGUUGUCAAUCUUUUUGCUCCAACAAAUGAAAAAAAUGAAUGUGAUGAAAAUAUUGGUUUGACAAUGAAUUGUCAGAAUAAAUUCUGCAUUGAUAGUAUAUUAGAAUGCGAUGGAAUCGAUAAUUGCCGCAAUGAUAUUGAUGAAUUACAAUGUGAUGAAACAUCUGAAACAAAAUUAAGCCUUUAUGUAUUUUUAUUCACGUUGUUAAUCAUGUUCAUAUUAUUGGUCAUGUUUUUCACCAAAAGUAAAGAUCGCCGUAAAAUAAUCGUACGUCGUAUGUCGGAAGCAUAUGCUAAUAAUCAUCCAAUUCUUUAUGCAAUGGAAAAUAAUAGUGGCACAGAAAGUCCAACCAAUUCAAAUACAAGUGUUGAUUCAUCAAGUCCAAAUCUAAAUAAUAUUAUAUCAUCGGAAAUAACGAUGAUAAAACGACCAAUUAGUUCAUUAAAAAGUCAGCUAUCAUUAAGUUUACCACAUGGUAUCGAACGUCUUCAUAAUAAUAUCAAUGAUUUUGUUGUUUGAUCCAUUUCA